CAUCACUAAAAUUGGAAUUGCUAGUUUGAAGAAGGAAUCACAGAAAGAGGUUCUGGCUUUGAUCAGGCUUCAUUAUUAUGGAAGAGAAUGCUCGCCGAAACCCAGAUCGCCCAGAGGACUCCAGUCAAGACGAGGAGUCCAACCGGGCCAUCCUGCCCCUCAUUCAUCAACCUGGCAACCAGCAGUCCCACUCGAUCACCAAUUUUUAUAUUGACAACAUCUUAAGACCGGACUUUGGCCGAAAGAGGAAGGACGGGACUUUGGUCCAAGGGGAACACAGUCUGGCAGUAGUUAUACGAAGAGAGGAGCUAACUGGGAGAAAGGCUUGCAAAACAAUUAAUCGACAACAAGGGGAACCAAGAGGCGAGGAGGAGGACAUUGGAGCAGAGCCUCUGGACCCAGAGGACAGGAGACCAGAUUUGAUAGAUGGUGAUGCAGAGGGCAACGGGGACUGCUGCACCAGCCCCCAGGCCAGCUCGGCCCCUGACGGUAACCCGAUACUGUGGCCAGCCUGGGUUUAUUGUACCCGCUACUCAGACCGUCCAUCAUCAGGUCCCAGAUCCCGCAAACCAAAGAAGUCGCCAACCCCGAGUAAAGAAGACAAGAGGCCCCGCACGGCCUUCACGGCGGAGCAGCUACAACGGUUGAAAACUGAGUUUCAGAACAAUCGGUAUCUGACAGAGCAGCGGAGGCAGAGCCUAGCCCAGGUCCUUGGUCUCAACGAGUCCCAAAUCAAAAUAUGGUUUCAGAACAAGCGGGCCAAAAUCAAGAAAGCUACCGGGAAUAAAAACUCUCUGGCGCUGCAUCUCAUGGCACAGGGACUGUACAACCACUCCGCGUCCCAGGACGACAAAUCGGACAGUGACUAGCGGAAA